AAUUUAAAAUUGAAACUAAUAAAUUGGAAAUAUUCUUUUCUCUUAGAAUGUUUAUUUCUUGUUAAUUAGCCACUUUUUCUUUUAAUUUUCUAUUAUUUUUAUGAUUUUAAACUCAAAAGCUGAAGUUUUUUUCUUUUAAUUCCACUCACAUUCACCCAUCUUUUUUUUUUGUUACAUACUGUAAUUGGUUACUGAGACGCAAACCUACACGUUCAUUUAUUGUAUUUCUUUAAUAUAUUAACGUUCAUAUCAAAAAUCCACCUUACGUUAAAAUUUCCCUCCCGUUACUUGUUUGUACCUCCGCGGCUGCCGUCCCUCGUGUUGCCAUAGCAACUCAAACAGUAUCUAGUGAUGGCUGCCCAAAGCAUGUCAGAGCUUUAUAAAGCCGUGUGCGCUGAGAGAAAGAUAAAAGUGAAUCCGUACGUUUUGCAGUCAUUAAAGAAGACGCCGUUAACGGGGAAGUUCACCCUAAAACUUCCAGGAAAUGUCAGACAGGUUCAGAGACUCCGUGACGACGACGUCCUCGCUCUCUGUAAAUGUCUCCGACAUAACGAGUGUGUUACAGGUCUUGAUCUGAGGUACAACAGCAUAAAAAAUGAAGGAGUUGAACACCUUGCUAAGCUCCUGCAAGAGGAGAAAUCAUCUCUGAGCUGUUUGGAUUUAAUGUUUAACGACAUCCAGGCCAAUGGGGCUCAAGUCCUCGCCAGCAGCCUUCAGGGUAACGGCACCCUGCUCUCUCUCAGGCUGUCAGGUAACAAGAUCGGGAGAGGAGGAGGUUUGGAACUGGCCAGCAUGCUGCAGGAGAACUGCACGCUGCAGGAGCUGGAAGUGGCCGACUGCGACCUGGACACCAGCAGUAUUAUAGCGCUCGUCAUCAUGCUGAAGAAAAACAAGGCUCUUUGCUCUGUCGAUAUCAGCCGCCCGCUGCUCUUCAGCCAUCAGGAGUGGGCAGUGCACUGCUCUAAGAUGCUGGCAGUGAAUAGCAGCCUGAUGGAGCUCCACCUGGGGAGGAUGGGGAUGACCGACACUGGGAUAGAGCAGCUCACUGAAGGCCUGGGGCGGAACCACAGCCUGCGCUACCUGGACCUGUGCAGCAACCGUGUGACCCGUGACGGUGCGUUUCAUCUCGCCAUGAUGCUGAAGCAGAACAGGGCCCUGGAGAUUUUAGAUCUGUCAUCCAAUCAGAUUGGAGAUGGUGGAGCUGGGUACCUGAGUAAAGUCAUCACCUGUCCGUGCUGCACCCUCAAAGAGCUGUCUGUGUGCAGAAACAACAUCGCAUCAGAGGGUCUGCUGUUGUUGGCUCAGGCUGUGAAAUCCAGCUCGACUCUGACUCACAUCUACAUCUGGGGAAACCACCUGGAGGAGCCCGUAUGCCAGGCCUUCAAGGAGCUGAUAUCCAGCGGCCGGCUGCAUCCAGAACAGACAGAUGUAAGCCCCUAUGAGGUGGAUGGUCACGUGUUCCUCGCUGAGGUCUUCCAGAGUUUGAGGAAACAUGUUUACAACAUCGACUGUAACCGUACAGAUUUGCCUACAAAGACUGCUGCAAGCCCUGAUGCCACCACACAUCAUGGACAACUAAAAGAUUAUUUAAACUGCAAAGAUUUAAGUUUAUGAAAGUAUUUUGUUUGUUCAUCACAAACACAAUUAGUGGCAGUCAUUUCUAAUAUUUUAAGACACUGACUUCAAUUAGACCUCCUGAAAUAAUUACAUCCAUAAACAGACAUGCUUGUUGCAGAAGAGAAAUGUUCAAUGUGUUGUGUGAUCUUUCUCAGCAAGCAAUAUUUUUAUAUUUUAAUAAAUCUGUUUUGUGAAUAUUAAUAUUUUUAGCACAUGAGCAGAGUUUCUGUUGAUGCUUAAAAAGCCUUAAAGAGUGCUGAAGUCAUUCACAGCAAAAGAUUGUUAACCCUCUACUUUACAUGUCCAUAAAAAACAUGUCAGGUUGCUCGUUCAAUGCAGCUCUGCCAUAAAAGUAGGGAUAGGGUCCUAUUCAUGUGUACAUGGUUAUCCUGUCAGGGUCCUUGGGGAGUAUGAGGUCCCUGUACAGCCGGGGAGAAGUCAGACCUCUUCUUUCUUUGUCAUAGAUUCUGUUUCUGGUUUUUAUGGACACAUUCUAGCGAUAGCAGGUUGUUGAGGGUCUCCACUUUGGUUGCCUUUUUGCAGGCUUCGUGUGAGCUUCAUCAGGUGGCGACCUCCAGGGUAUACUGGGACAGUAGCUGAUCUAUGUUCCUACCUUCACCUAUGGUUACAAGCUCUGGGUACUGACCAAAACAAUGACAUCACAUAUAAAACAAUGAAAAUGAGUUUUCUCUGAAGGGUAACUGGGCUCU